CUAUAGAUACACACAGAGUCAUAUUAACUUCACAAUGAUUUUCUCCUUGGACGAAGUAGUCCACUUGUUAGGGUUAACACUCUUUGAGAUGUGGAUCAAUUUAAUUUCUUUAACAAUCUUCACUAUUCUACUAGCUUUCAAAUUAGAUAAUAAUUAUUUUUUGGAACCAUCAGGAUGGUGGACCGUGUUUUCACCGCUUUUUGUAGCUGAUAGCUUGAAUACAUAUUUUUGUGCUAUCAUAUUUAUAAGGAUGCACAUGGAAGGAAUGAUCAAAGCGGCUAUUUUUAGAGCAGUAUGGAGUCUCAUAUCAUUACUCUUGAUCUUUGUCUUUAAGUAUCUGCUAUGUAAAAAGCUUACUGGACAAAGUACAUUAGAGUACUCAGAAGUUAUGAGUCCAGUAUUCAUUCUUCUGCAACUGGUAGCAGUGAGAGCUUGUCACAUUCAUUGAGCGAAGUGAGAAACUUUUUGGAUGUACCACAGUGCUUCCAAAAUAUCUGCCAUGUAUGAUAACAUGUGUUACUGUAUAUCAUAUGAUGAUUGUAUAUAUAUUACAUUUCAUAAAACUCGUUUCAUAGAUUAAAUCAUAAAAAUAUAUAUAUAUAUUU